GUUGAGGCCCACAGCUUAGCAGGUCAGCAGAGAGCAACCAGGUUGGCAGACAGCAGCCAAGUGGAGCCACGUAGUCCUGUGACAUCGCACUCUGAGUCCAGCAUGCCCAGGACCACGGAGAACAGUCUUCGAGGUUCCUCAUCUCGUCGCCGCCGUCGCUCCCGCACCUCAAGAGCCGAGCUGAUCUUUGCCGUGAGCCUGGUGGAACAACAUCUGAGGGAAGGCGGCCAUGCCCGGAGGAGGCUGAGUGAAACGGUGCCCAUUUUCCUGGCAGCCAUCCUGGAGUUCCUCACCCGCAGGCUGCUGGAGCUGGCAGGCAAUGAAGCCCAACGAAGAGGUACCCAGAGCCGCAUCACUCCGGAGCUGCUGGACUUGGCAGUCUACAGCAAUACCCUGCUCAGCGAAUUGUUCCAAUUCAUCACCAUCUCACGGGUGGCUCCAGCUCAUCACUAGGUACAAGCUCCUGCUGCUGCCUGGCUCUGCUUUGCUGACCUGCCCAUCCUCUAGUCUAUUAUAAAUCAGUUCAUCCUACCCAACCAUUCCCACAGUCAUCUCUGAAUGGCUGACCAACUCCC